AUGACGGACUACAAACCUCCCGACCUCCCCGCGCCCUUCACACACACCACCCCACCCCCAACGCUCCUCACGCAAGGCGCCGAAGGCCACCUCUACAAGACAACCUACCUAACGCCGACCAGCCACGCCGCACUCAAAGUCCGCCCCUCGAAACCCUACCGCCACCCGAUCCUCGACCGGCGCCUAACCCGCCAACGCAUCCUGCAGGAGGCGCGAUGUCUAUCGAAGCUGGUGCGCGAGGGCGCCAGCGUGCCGGCGCUGCUGGCUCUGGACUGGGAAGGGAACGGGAACGGCGGCGGGGCGUGGCUCAUGAUGGAGUGGGUCGAGGGGCUGGUGAUGCGGGUGGUGUUUGAGAAAUGGGAGGCGUGGAUGAAGAAGCACGAGGCGGGGUUGUCGGCGGAGCGGAUACAGGAAGAGACCGGCCGGGUUGGGGAUCUGAUGCGGCGGAUUGGGCGCGCGGUGGGGGGAUUGCACAAGGCGGCGGUGAACCAUGGAGAUUUGACGACGAGUAAUUUGAUGCUGAGGCCGAGGGGAGAUGCGACGGCGGAGGGCCAGGUCAGUGAGGACGGGUAUCCGUGUAUGGAUGGGGAGGUGGUGAUUAUUGAUUUUGGGCUGGCGAGUCAGACGGUGCAGCCGGAGGAUCGCGCGGUGGAUCUGUAUGUGUUGGAGAGGGCGUUUGCGAGCACGCAUCCGCGAACGGAGCCGUUCUUCGAGGAGGUGCUGGUGGGAUAUGCGGAGAGCUACAAGGGGGCGGGGGCGACGUUGAAGAGGUUGGAGGAGGUGCGGUUGAGAGGACGCAAGAGGACUAUGAUCGGAUGA